GGGCCGGGCAGCGCUGGCCGCUCGCCCGCCGCGCUCGCUGUGCCUCAGCGGGGACCUACUAAAGCUAUUUUGAAAGUGACCCCUCGGCCAGAGCGCGGGGAGGGAGCAGCGAGCCGGGCGCAGCUGUCCGGAAUCAUGACUGAAGAUGACGGAUUCCGUGGUGGUGGAGGGUCACGUCAAGUUGAGAGAUGGAAAAAAGUGGAAGAGUAGGUGGCUGGUGCUGCGCAAGCCCUCCCCGGUGGCAGUUUUGCUUCUUUUAGACUGUUUGCUCAUGCUGGUGUACAAGGAUAAAUCUGAACGAGCGAAAGGGCACAAGGAGAGAAGCAGCGUGACCUUAGAAGACAUCUGUGGCUUGGAUCCUGGGCUCUCCUAUGAGGGCUUGAAUCACACCCUUGCAAUCAUCUGUCUUUCUCAAGUCGUGAUGCUAGGAUUUGAGAACAAGGAAACAAUGUAUGCAUGGGAUAUACGAAUCCGCUACAGUUUGGGGGAAGUUCAUAGAUUUCAAGUUUUUGUAGCACCUGGCACUAAACUAGAGAGCGGGCCUGCUACGCUGCAUUUCUGCAAUGACAUUCUCGUCCUUGCAAAAGACCUUCCUCCUAGUGUUAUGGGGCAAUGGAAACUCUCAGAUCUGCGUCGAUAUGGAGCUGUCCCAAAUGGAUUCAUCUUUGAAGGGGGUACAAGGUGUGGCUUCUGGGCUGGUGUUUUCUUCCUCUCUUGUGCUGAAGGAGAGCAGAUCAGCUUUCUGUUUGACUGUAUCGUCCGCGGCAUCUCCCCGACGAAAGGCCCUUUUGGUUUGCGUCCAGUGCUACCAGAUCCAACUACAAAUCCGGCAUAUUCAGAAGAAAGAUUGGCUCAUGAAGCUUUGCAAUUAGAGAAGCGCUUGAGCUUGCUGUCUCAUACAAGUCGCCAGGGCAGCGGAGGAGAUGAUCGAAGUCUUUCAAGCUCAUCUUCAGAUACCAGCCACUCGGAUGUUAGCGUUGGGAGCAGAUUGACAAUUUGGCCUGAACAGUCUUCAGCCAGCACUUCGCAAGAGAGUCAUGGACUGGCAGCUGCAAAGGGCAUUCAUCUUGGGGAAGAAAAGAUCCAUCCCGAAGGGGCACGUGGCACCGCUAAACCGCCUCCAAAGCCCCUUCGGUCCAGACAACUGCAAGAGAUAGGCCGUCAGAGCUCAUCUGACAGUGGAAUAGCUACUGGUAGUCACUCUUCUUACUCUGGAAGCUUCUCUUCCUAUGCUGGGAGCUUGGACAUCUGCCAUGGCGAUGAGUUUGGAUCAUUGCUUAGCCUGCCAUUGAACUUUCCUUCGGAUCAGAAUUUAUGUACUUGUCCUCACAGUGAGCCUCAGAGAGGUGUGGGAUCAGAGUAUCAGGUUCCCAGCUCUCUCAGACAUAUUUAUGAUAUACCCAGGAGUUUGUUACAGGCAGCUGCUAAAGAUGUGCAACCCAAGAGUGCAGAUUCCACGCUACCCAAGGACCAGGCCCUGCCUCAUGGUGCUAAUGAUCCAAAACUGCUCCUUCCACACUUAGAAGCACAGAGGGCACCAGAGCACAGCCAGGACAGAGGGAGACCGUCAUCCUUACUCCCAGAAAGCACCAAAGACUCAAGUAAUGAGGCGUGUGUGGAUUUUGUUUCGAGGUGGUCAGAUUCAAAACCACCAGGACAGGUGUCAGACUCCAAAAGUAGUGAGUUAGCGCCACCUAGUGGAGCCUCAGCUGACCCCUAUGACACAUGUAGCCCCCACCUUGGGAUGACAAGAGCUCUUUUUUCAGCUUGUCCAAUCUGUGGUGGACUAAAGGGAUCAGCAAUAUUACAGCCAGGAGUCUUACCAGCUCUACCAGGUGCUUCUUCUGUCAUGGCAGCUUCUGGGUCUCUGAAACUACAGAGAGGGCACAGUCUCCAAGCUGGUCCUAAAGGUGGUUAUGAGGUGCUGACACUACCUGCAGAACCUGGAACUCCUACUAGCUCUGAGGAACCUGAAGGGGCUGUAGGUUAUUCAGCUGAUGUCCCUACAUCAGAUCGACCCCACAGUGAGACAGCCACCUACGUUAAUAUUCCUGUCAGUCCUACUUCCAAAAAACAACUUCAUUACAUGGAACUGGAACUUCAGGAAGCCAGCACAAGCAUAAGAGGGAGUGGAUCAUCCAGAUAUGCACAGAUUGACAUUGCAGCCACCGAGACAGCGCACAAAGUGGGAACGCAGCAUGCGCAGUGCCGGGAGGAACGCUUGCAGGAGCUGGAGCAGAAGAAGAAAGGAGCUCAGCAGUGACUUAUCUAUGAAAGAACUUUUGCUUGCCAUAAAUUGGUACUAAUUUAAAUUCCAAAAGAUUGAAAUUUAUUUGAAAAAAAUACAAAGCUGCCAUUGCAUAUUGUAUUUAUACCAGAUUCAUUCCAAUAUUUUGAUUCCUAAUUGGAAAGCUGGUAACGUGGGGGGGGGGAGGAGGUGCAUUCUUUCUUUUUUUAAAAAAAAUUUUUUUGGCUGUAAAUUCCUUUUCUUUUUCAUAUGCAAUAGAUGUAAACUACCUUUUUCUAUCAGUCUAAAGUCAUGUAGGAACCUGGAACCAAUUCCAGUGCUUUUUAAAUGGUGGCAUUUUCUUUAAAGAAUUUGAAUGUGUGCAGAUAAGGGGAUGUGAGUGUGUGUGGUAUGUGUACACAUGUUUGCACGCGUGCAUAUGUAUGUUUGUAUGUAAGCACACAUCACAGAUAAAAUAUAUGUAUAUGUCUGAGUGUAUAAAUUAUGUAAAACCUUUAUUAAUGUAUUAAUGAAAUCUUAUGAAAGCCAGAAAACUCAGUGCCUGAUUAUUUGCAGGCAUGGUUUUGUUCAAUUUAUAUGCUCAUUGAAGGACGUACUUAACUGUAUCUAGGAGUAAUUAAGUUUUAUACCUCACCAAUAUUUGGCUAAAAUUGCUGUGCUUUACAUUUUGCAGUCGUAGGGAUGCAUACAGGCAAGAGCACACACACAUACAAAUGGUUUAAUUUAAUUAUGUCUGAAAAGCUAAGUAAUUUGUAGUGAUGUUUUGGAUGCUUCUGUUCUUAAAAGCCCUGUGUUAGACACAAUGGGCUUUGAUUUCAUAGUUGCUGUGUACCUGUAAUUCUUAUCAAUUCUUAUCACCUGGAAUUUAACAUUACAUACUGACAAAAUCAGAUGCCAGGUUUCUCACACAGAAUAGAUUAAAUUAAGUUAUUCAAAAGAAAUAUACGUAAACAAAUAUUUGAAAUUUGAAUUCUUGAUUUAUCUCUCCAAAGCUAUGCCUGAAGUACCAGCAUAAAAAUGGGAUUAUCCACAUUGACAUGAACACUUUUUUUUGGAAUAAUUCUUUGAUAUAUGUAAGUAGCAUUAAACCAGUCCUGGGUUAGAGCAAAAUGUCUUCCAAAAUGUUGUGUGAGGCAGAAUUUGACCUAUAAAUUUAUUUUAUUGUAGCCUCAAUCAUAAUGGAAAAUAUCAGACAUCUCUCAAAUUAAAAAAAAAAAAAUGCAUUUGGGAGGUGAUAACUGCCAUUGUCAUAUUUUCUGUAUGUAGAAAUUAUUUAUUACCCUAGCUUAUUUCUGAAGUGAAAAAAUAAAUAUUUCUUACGAGACUCUCAUUUUAAAAUAUUUCCUUACUAUUUGACAAACAGGCCAUAGUGAUCUACUCUGUAAGCACAUGGUUGGUACAAAGGGAGUAGCAUGAACUUUUUCCCUGAACUUGAAGCUCCUUGGGCCCAGGUUUUCUAGGACCCAGUGCUCACCAGGACCAACCAGUGUUGUUCUAUCACAAGUUCUCCACUGCGGGGCUUGCAGGAUGAAACUUCUGUGAUGUGUUUAUUUAUAUUUCAUAUUUAAAAUGAGUCUUGCUAGCCUGAUGUACUGAAAUGCAGUGUUUUCCAGUUCCAUUUGUUGCUUAGCCACUGUUUCAGAGCUGUAUUCUGAUAAUGAAUAAAAAGUUGGGAUUUCAGAAGGCUGGAGUUUAGACAUAAGUAGUGGAUUUCCUUGUGCUGUUGUAUAGCCUCUGUGCCAGUGCAGAACUGUUUUCUUGAUGCAGUAAGUUUCUUUCUUCCUAUUGUGGUAUUGGAAUGUGUGACAACAGAAUGGAGCAAUGCUCUGAUUCACAGUCCACAAGCCACUGGCCUUGAUCUCUCCUCUGCACAGUAGUGAACCUUCCAUCUGCGUGGACUCAGCCUUUAGCAAACCAUACACAGGACCAUGCUUGUAAGUGUUGCAGAAUCAUGACAGAUACUGAAGCUGCAAUAUUUCUACUGUAAAAAAAACACGUAUUUAUAAGGAAAACAAACCACCCAGAUUCUCUGCAGAGGGCUGCCUUUCUAUACAUUGCUCAAAACUGCUUGCAGCUGGGACUUCGCAGCAUGGACAGAGACUUCAUGCAGUGAUGCUGCCAUCAGAGUGCUACUGGCCUUACAGGAGGGGUCAUAACAUUAAAAAUGUUUUCCAGGUUCAACGGAGGGCAUGAGUCUGCACGUGGUUCUCCGUGUGCAUUUAUUUACUUACGUAUGUCAUAAUAACUCCAGCAAGGAUUAGCUAGAUGGCUGGAUAUAGAUUUAUAUUUAUAGUCUUGUUAAUGUUAACAGAAACAUCUCCACAAAUGAAGUAACUUACUUUUCAGGCAUCUAUUUCUCUUUUUGUUCUUAGCUUGAAUAUGUUAAAUAGGAAAGAUGACUUUCUCUUAUUUUUAAAAUUUGUUUCCUCAUGCAAGAAAUUGUGUUGCAAAAUGCUGAGAAGGCUGAAGCAGCAAGUCAGGCCUUACUGUUGCAUCUGUUAAAAACUGAUAGCUCGCUUUUUUUUACAGUAUCUUGCAGCCACCCCCCUGUGGAGCUAUAAGCUUGAUGCUUCUGUUGAAAAAAUUAGUUUUCUCAUUAGAACUGCAGGAACUCACAGAAAUGCAAAACCUUUUUUCCUAAGUAAAUAAUGUGCCUUCCAUUUCCAGUGGCGAACUGGAGAAAGUCAAGCUACAAUCCUUUGAGUAGACUCGUGCUUACCACGUAGCUUCCAUGGGUUAACUCUGGUCAUAGAAUCAUGGAGUGGCUUGGGUUGGGAGGGAGCUUAAAGAUCACCCAGUUCCAAGCCCUGUGCCAUGGGCUGGCUGCCCCCACCAGAUCAGGCUCCCAGGAACUCAUCCAACCCAUCCUUGAGCACCUCCAACUCUAGCAAUGCAGUUAAUAUAUAAGCACUUGCAUAAGUGAUUGUGAUUGUUGUAAGACUCUGAGCUCUUUGCAAAAAAAAUUUUUUUUUAAAUGAGAAAUCUCUGAAGCUUUUGAUCAUACACAUGACUCGUAACUUUUACUGGCACAAACAAGAGAUUUGUUCAUCUUUAAUUUAGUGUUCUUCUGUCAGUGAGCGAGCAGAAUGAGUAUUAACUACCAGAUGGACAAAAUGAUGUUGGUCUGGUGAUGUUCUCAAGGUACUUCAAUGUGCCAGAAGUUCCAGUUUGGAGACGUCUCAGGGAUGAGAAAACAGGCUGCAAGAAAGUGAAGUGAUGGGGCGUAGCAACUUGGUCUGAACCAGCCUAUACAUAGCAGGGUUGAACGCUUUCCACCAUGCAUCUGUUUUGCACAUCUGCAUGCAACGUGUGAUGCCUCUUCACUCCCAUUGCCUUUCUCCAUAGGUUGCUGCCAAAUGUAAAUACUGCUCCAGUGUUUUUUUUAUGAUGUUGCUUGUAAGCUGCUGCAGAACAUUUUUUUUAUUUGGAUAAUGGAAUUUCUCCAAGUCAAAAAGUGCUGCAGGAGGGAAGACCAAGGUUUGAAGGUGCUUACUCACCAAACAAGGCAAAUAGUUGCCUGGGUUUUGACAUAUUGUGAUACCUCAUUGGUGAAAUGCCAUUUUGUGCCUGCAGGUGUCUAAAUGUGCAUAAAAAUCAGUUGUUUAUAGCAAAUAUCUUGGAAAAAAUUCUCAUCUUCUCUGCCAUAGAGGUAAACAAAACAGUUUUAAUUAUUGUAGCUUGGAAAGUUGUACUUAAAUUAUGAGUGAUUACAUUGUUGUUUAAAUAGUGCUGAAACAUGCACGCUCCACUAAGUACCGUUUCCAGUUUGUUGGGGAUAACAUAUACAUCCUUUGCUAAAAUUAUUGCAAGAAGAAUACAGAUUUUUAGAUUUCUAGCUGCUGAUUUCAAUUAUAAUUCAUCAUUUUUUUCAGAUGACGUUGUUAUAUUUAUGCAUCUUGUUUUCCCUGGAAAGAUCCUCAGCCAGUCACAUUGCUUUGCAAUUGAGCUUGAAGGGAAAUGUUAACUUAACACUGUGCAGCAAUGAAGCCAUAUGAAAUAAAGAUGGAAGACUUAGAAGUUAUUAAAUGGAAAUUUGUAAGGACUAGCUAUGUAAACAUAUCCUUUUUCAGUGUAGGUGGGUAGAAUUAGGGGCAUGGGUUGGUGGGGAUGUGUUGGUGGUUGGACUAUAUGAUCUUCGUGGUCUUUUCCAACCUUAAUGAUUCCAUGAUUCUGGAAGUGCCGUUUAAAAUAGAUAUAUAGAUUUUUUUUCUCCCCCAGUGCGUUCAGCUUCAUGCUUUCCUUGAAAGACAUCUGCCUUUAGGCAGUCUCAUGCUGAAGCUUAGGUCAGUGAUGAUCUGGUGGAUACAGGUCAUAAACAGUUCUUCUGUAGACUAUCUGUGGGAGACUGGCAUGUAAUUGACAGCAAAAUAUCUGUAAUUCCCAUGCUGCAUUAUAAUACAGUAAAUCGUUUAUAAUGCAGUGGGCAGGCUUAGGAAAAUGCAGAGUUGCUAGCUAAGCUUUGAGUUCAGUAGAAACUUCAGAGUGAGGGAAAGUUAACUUGAAAUUUACUUGCUUUCAUACAUUUUUUCUGCAUCAGAGCAUCUAGAAAUAAUUCAAAUGUAUUAUCUCACUGUAUACACAGAGGCGUAUGUAACAUCACCGUUUUACUGAAAUAAUAAGUGUCAGUUUAUCUGAGGAAUGUGAGGUGGGGGGUGGGAUCAGAAAGCAGAUUUAGCAUGACAGUAAUUUAUCUCUACAUUACAUUAUACUGCUGUGAAUUCCUUAAAAAAAUAAAUCCUAGCACCUGCUAUUGUAUAAGUUAAAUAUCGCUCAUCUGUAGGCUGAGCUGGAAAUGUAAGGGUAGCUCAGCACACAGAAAACAGAGGAGGCUGUGCUCAGUAGCAAACCUGGCCUUCGGAUACCGGAGUUUUGUUUUAUAUGGAGUUGCUCAGAUUCAUCCUAUAUCAAUGUCUGUCUCUAUUACUGCUGCAGGACAGACCCUGUGCAGUGCCAUUUGCUGCUGCACACGCUUGGUCCUCUUACAAGAGAUGCUUAGCAGCACUGGCUACAAAUCCAUAAGCACAGGAAAAAAUCAUGGUCAUGUUGGGGGUUUGACAGAGAAGUAGGUAAGUGUCACCAGGGAAAGCAGCAGUUUUUUGCUGGUGAGUGUACUGUGAGGAGGAGGGUGCAGCUGAAGAAUAUUUGGGUCUGUAACAUGUGGUGUUUGGACCAGUGCUGGUCUCCUCUUUGUGGCUGUAGUGAGGAUGUGAGGUUUCUUGGAAAAGGCUGAAGGUGCUGCUGUGUUCUCAAACAGAUCUGCCACAACCUCAUUAGCAGGAAUGGAGCAAAGGCAGAGGAGUGAUUAAAUGCCAGGCUGACCUGCUGCCCAUGUGGUACCGUGUGUCCUGUUGACCCUGCAUCAGCCUUUUGAAUGAUUCAGUGUGCACUGGUUUGGUCCCUGGGAAGCGUAGUUAGCCUCAGUAUCUGUUUUUUCUCCUUGCUGAAAAGCUUAUGAAGCGUUGGUCUGUGUGUUGGGUGAGUGGUGGCUUCUGCUGGGCCCUGUUAUGAAGCAGCAGUCUGGCUUGGCACUAAGGUGUACCCAACCCUGGGUUCAGCUGUGUCAGUGCAGUUUAGAAUAGCUGGGAGAUUUCCUAGAGAGGGAAUAGAGCUGCUGAAAGCCCAUGAAGUGGCUUUAUUGAAAUUUUGCUCUCUUUGUGCUUUUUGAAGUAUGUGCCUGAUGCCAGAGACCAUCAGUGAUAGCUGAGAAUGCAUUUUCUGCACUAAUGAGAUUUGAAGCCCCUGGUGGUCUGCCUUUGGGAUUUGCUGCCACAAGAUAUAUCUUCUAGCAUGUGUAUUUCUGGCCAAACCCUCCUUCACACUGACAAAAUUUAACGUGUUGAGACCCUCUACCUGACUGGGGAGCUGUCAAGAUGCAAGUUACGGCUUGCAGCCACAUCUUCAGUUUGGGUUUUCACAGGAAACCCAUUGCAUAUAUGGACAAGAUGUUUGCCCUGAACAGCACAGAAGAGCUGGAAGCAAGCAGAUAAAAUUAAACUUGAUGGCCAAGGAGAAAGGCUGCCAGUGCAGGAAAAAAGCCUGAGCUACCCCCUGCCCUCAGUCUCCACUGCAAAGUGGUAAGUGCUCAAAGCUGAGUAGGGUGAGCUGCUCUUUUUCUUGGUUUGAAGGAGCUAAAGAGAACACGGUUUUAAUCCUGUUAUAUUCAUGUAGCUAAAAAUGCUCACUCCUGUUUCUUCUGUAAUCCUGGAUAUAUACUGCAGAACUACUUUAAAUUAAAUAAAUAAAUACAUAUUUUUUAACUACUCCAAAAAUUCCAGCAUAGCUAUUUAUAGAGAUCGCAAUAAAAUGAAAAGGAAAACAACCCCUAAGCAGAUCUCUGGAAACUCAUAAAUGAAGGCUCUGCAGUUCUGCAAACUUAGUCUCUGCAGAGGAAUGAAGAUCAGUUUGCACAAGAUUUGAAUCAAUUGACUGGUAAUGGCAAGGGUUAAGCAAUGCUGGCAAACUGAGACUAAAGCAGACAUCGUCAAUACAUUCUGUAGAGAUUCUGGCUAUUAGCUGUUUGAAGAAGGGCUUGGAAAAAGGUAGGUUCCUUCAGUCUUCCAGGCAAUAUUUAUGUACUUGUCUGGUUGGAAUGUGUUUUAUUUUGUGUGAGAAUCUGCAUUAGUUUGGUGCAGACUAAGAACAAACUAUAAUCUGAAAAGUUCUUAACAAAAAUGAGGUGCCAGCAACCUGCUGUUGGACUGAAAUCAGCAGUAACUCUUGGCACCUAAACUCUUGCCAUAGAAGCCUCUUCUUUUGGAGAUGCCUGUUUUUCUACAUUGUUCUCUCCCAUUUUGAUUUUUGAACUUCACAGUAGAACAAAAUAUGAGAUCACCAGUGGCCCCAUGAGCUGGUAUGUGGAAUGUCUUUACACUGUUUGAUGGCUCUAGUUUCUAUACUCAUGUUCACUAUUAUAAAUGGAGUCCCAGAACAUGGGGUUGAGGGUGGAGAAUGAACUCUUUCCCCGUUGAAAUGCAAUUUAGUGGUUGGACUAGGUGAUUUUAGUGGUCUUUUCCAACCUGAAUGAUUCUCUGGUAAUCAAUGGUUUUGGUUCAACGUACCUUGAAUUAGAAACUGAGAUUUUAAUUUGGAUAUGGAUCUGAUGCCAAGCAUUGCAAAUUGCUGGGUUGCAUAAGCGGGUUUCCAGUUUUCAGCAGGUUUCUUAAAAUAAUGGUGUUUCCCUCCCUUUUUAAAAUAAGUGGCCUGGAAAACUAUAAUGGCAAAAUAUUAGACAUUUAUUUUAGUCAGAGACUUAUUUCAAAGAAAUUCAGCACUCACUUUGCCCUUUGAAAACCACCAGGUUUAAAUUACGGUAGAUCAAUUCUUGACUGGCAACUUUUGAGGCUGGCAAAAUGUUAUUAUUAAAGCAGACGUGUGCAGCUUUCUGAUAAGUUAAUACAUCAGUGGCAGAACAAAACAGCUACAUGCUGUAUUAAUGUACCCAUCAUUUUUAUGUCCCUAUGUGAAGCAUUAAUAUCUGUGUACAGGUUUUUUUUUUAAUUUAGGAGAGCUCGUUGAGUGUAGGAUAAUACUUGUGAGGAUUUGGAUUUAUGAAUGCAUUAAGGAAUAUUGAUAGCAUUUGUGUGACAAUUGUCACUGUACACUAUGGCUCAAAAUAUUUUCUCUGGAUGAAAGUUUAUGAACUUAUUUUGGCUCAACUGGACAGAUAUAAAAUUUGCACUUCUAUUUUAUGACUUGCUACUAGUAAUAAUAAUAAUAAUAACAAAUCCACUCUUUUUUUUUGCUGUAGGUUGAUGACCUGCUCGCUGUUUGGCUUUACAAUGAUAAGUUUGCUUUGAAAAACAGCCUAUUUACUGACUUAUUUUGUGACUUUUUAAUUUAUUUAUUCUAUUCUAAUUAAGUGCUGUGGAAAGAAAAGUUCUGUUUAAAAAUGAUUUCAAAAUUGCUUGUGUACCACUGGUAGAUUUUUGUACAUAAAAGAGCACCUUUAGAAAAAGAAAAAGAAAAACCCAAUUUAAAUACAUCUCCAAAGCUCCAAAUGAUGACGGAAGGUCUGUGGAUCAUGAAUAUAUUGCAAACUGAGAACUGUGUGUUAACUCUGUAUGGGUUAGUUCUGAGCUGAACACUGCACUUGUGCUUCCCAGCAGGUCCCCUGCAGCACAGCUCCCACUGUGAUGCUCUGGUUUCUGGUGCUGUGGUAUAUAUGUGCUGGAACUGGAUGGGGAGGUGGGGCUGGGAAAUGGUGGCACCUCAGAUGCAUCUCACAAAACAUAAAUGGUCUCCACAUGAUGAAUUUAGAUACCCUUGCUGCUUCUGCAGGGGGUGAAGGUGAUAUCAGUACUGCAGUCCAUUUGGUGUAAUGGUUGUUCCGUAUGUGUCAGGGUAGAAUGAUGCUCCCCUACCUGUACGUAGGACAUGGUGUUUCCAUUAAGAAAGACGUGGUUAUUUUUGUGUAUGCUGUGCCUUGUGUAUAUUUACCUCUAAUUUUCUAACCCCCCAAGCUGUAUGAAAUCACAAACAAAUUUGAGGUUCUUCUUUUAGGGAAGAG